AUGAAAUUAUUUUUGACUGGUGGCUCGGGUUUUCUAGGUCGUAAUUUUAUAAAAUACGUGCUCUCUCGAGACCAACAAAUUACAAUCAAUGCCUUAGCACGCUCAAGCACUUCUGAUGAAUAUAUAUUAAAUGCCUGCAAUGAUAUCGAGGAUGGUAAAGAACGUGUUAGAAUAAUUCGUGGAUGUAUUAAUGACGAAGCUGCCAUCAGAGAAGGAUUGAAUGGAGUUGAUGUCGUUGUUCAUAUGGCUGCAAAGGUUCAACCAUGGGGUUACUUUGCCGAAUUCGAAAAUGUCAAUAUCAAGGGAACUUUACAAUUCCUCUCCAUCAUUUCCACCUUACCACAAAAACCACGUUUCAUUUACAUUUCAUCGUUUACAGCCCUUAUAAGUAAUCAUUAUUCAAAAGAUGCGCUGCCUGAUUGGGCGCCAUAUUCAAAAUCCAAAUGUCUUGCCGAGGAUUUAAUUUUAAAAUCUACUUAUUCGAACGUGAUCAUCCUUAGAUUAGGCUGGUUAUGGGGAAAAGAUGACAAUGUAUUGUUACCGAAAUUAAAAAAUUUGAUGUCUGAUGUUAACCCUCCAAGACCUUUCGAGACUUUUAGGCCACCUAAGUGGUUAAUCUGGGGUGCCAUCACCUUUGUUGAGUGGAUACCUUUUCUGGGAUAUAGUAAACGCUGGAUGCUUGAUGGUAUGAACAGGGAGUCUUUGUUGUGCUUGUUCCAAGAUUAUCGAUUGUAUUCUGAUAGUGCUAAAAAAGAGUUGGGAUAUGUUGGACAUGUUAGUAGAGAACAGGGGAUACAAGAGUUGAAGAGAAUGCAUUUGAAUGAAUAG